AUGUCUGAUAGAAAAGGUAUAUUUGCUGCUUAUUUUAAUAAGAAACAUGCCACAGAAGAAAAAAAAGAAAAAAAAGCGGAAAAAACAAAUAAACUUGUUGUCAAAGUAAAAAAAAAUAAAGAGACUGAAGAUAAAGAUGCAGAAAGUUCCCUUGAAGAAGGAGAAAUGAAUUAUGAUGAAAUGGAUGAGUCAUCAGAAAAGGAUCAAACAAUGGAAAGUGAUGAAAAUGAUAAUAAUAAAGAAGAAGAACAAAAUGAAAAUGAGGAAGAUGAUGAUAUGGAAGAAGAAGACCAAGAAUUGGAAGCAGAAAGUUUAGAGGAAGAUGACUUAGGAGAUGAAGAAGAACAACAAAUUAGGAGUGAGUUAAUGGGAUUUUUUAAUCAUUUGACUAAAUCAAAGGAAAUGAAAAAAGCAUUAAAUCACCAAAAACAACAUAACAUAGAAAAGAAAGUAGAAGAAAGUAAAUCACAAAAAAUAGAAAAGAAAGUAGAAGAGACUAAACCACGAAAAAUAGAAAAGAAAAAGACCCGUAAAGAGAAAAAACAAGAACGUAAACUAAAAAAACAAAUCAAAAGAAAUAUUAAAAAGGAGGCAAAAGAAAAACAAUUGAAAUAA